CCCCCGCCCCAAUCCCCUCCUCCGCCCAAGGUCAUCGUCGUCGGCGCCGGCCUCGCCGGCCUCGCCGCCGCCACCCGCCUCCGCUCCGACGGCGUCCCCUUCCUCCUCCUCGAGGCCUCCGACGCGGUCGGCGGCCGCGUGCGGACCGACGUCGUCGACGGCUUCCUCCUCGACCGCGGGUUCCAGAUCUUCAUCACGGGCUACCCCGAAGCCCGGAAGCUGCUCGACUACCGGGCCCUGGACCUCCGGAGGUUCUACUCGGGCGCCCUCGUUUACCACGACGGCCGGUUCCACACCGUGGCCGACCCCGUCAGGCACUUCUCCGACUCCGUCAAGACCCUCGCCAACCCGAUCGGGUCGGUCCUGGAUAAGCUGCUCAUCGGAUUGACGAGGAUUCGGGUCCUGAGCAGGUCGGACCGGGAAAUCCUGACCGCCGACGAGGUACGGACGAUUGACCUGCUGACGAAAUUAGGAUUCUCGGACUCGAUUCUUGAUCGGUUCUUCAGGCCCUUUUUCGGAGGGAUCUUCUUCGACAAGGAGCUCGAGACCACCUCUAGGCUGUUCGAUUUCGUGUUCAAGUGCCUCGCUCUCGGAGACAACGCCCUUCCAACGAAGGGGAUCGCCGCCAUUCCCGAGCAAUUGGCGCUCAAAUUGCCGCAAGAAUCGAUUUUGCUGAACACCAGAGCAGCGUCUAUCGAGUUCGACGACUCCGACUCGCCGAUUUUGAGACUGGAGAGCGGAGAAAUCCUUCGAAGCGAGCUCGGAGUGAUCGUUGCAGUCGAGGAACCCGAAGCUGCCAAGCUUUUGGCGGGAAAAUACGAAGGAAGGAAGGCCGACAGAAAGCCUCCGCGGAGCACGGUUUGCUUGUAUUUCGCGGCAGACCGGGACCGGAUCCCUGUCAAAGACCCGGUUCUCUUCCUCAAUGGAUCGGGUAAGGGGAUCGUCAACAACAUGUUCUUCGCCACCAAUGUGGCUCCAUCCUACGGCCCGCCCGACAAGGCCCUGGUGUCGGUGUCCUUGAUCGGGCUGUUCGAGGGCGUGAGCGACGACAACUUGACGGCCGAGGUGGUUCAGGAGCUCGCCGAGUGGUUCGGGGAGUCCGUGGUGGGCUCAUGGAGGCACCUGAGGACUUACAGGAUCGGGUUCGCGCAGCCGAACCAGUGCCCGCCCACCGAUCUGACGAAGGAUCCGAGGGUCGGGCCGGGCGUGUACGUGUGCGGGGAUUACGUGACAUCGGCCACCUUCGACGGUGCUUUGGUUUCGGGGAGAGUGGCAGCUGAAGCUUUGCUCAAAGAUAGGGCAUCGAUCCGAAUUUAAAAGCGGAAGACGAGCUUUUUGUUAGUGAGGAGGGUUUGAGAUCUAUCAUGCCAGUAGAGUGAUGUCUGCUCUUAUAUGAGAGUUCCGAUUGGGGCAACACAUUCAAUUUUUCAAUUUUCAGUCGUGUCCUGAUGUUUUUGUUGGUUUUUUCUUAAAAUAAUCCUGUCCAAUCAAUUUGGAUUAAUUUAUGUGAGAAUGAAUGUAAAUUCUAAAUA